AUGGAGCGUCAGUUUGAGCGCGUCGAGCCCCUCAAGCGCUUCAAGCAGCCGGCCGGGCUCGAGCUCGAGCUCGAAUUCGAGCUCGUCGAGCUUAUCCAGCCUAUCCACGUCGUCCCUGUGCUCGGCUCUCCCCAGUCGCAAGAGUACUGGACCGCGCUCAGCGUCGGGCUGCCAGUGUUGAAAGCGCACCGCAACUACCGCCCACCACCGCCGAGCAUUGUCUCUUCGCCGCCCGUCGCGCAGUGGAGGGCUGAUACCGGGCGGUGUUUGGCUACUGCGGACGCCGACGGGGGGUGA